AUGGUUGUCAUCCAGUAUUCGGUUUCCGUCCCGAAUGGUCAGCAUUUGAAUAACCGAGUGCUCCGAAUUCGCCUGGCUGCCGAGGAUAAUCAAGCACCAUCAAUCGAGGAUUCCAUUGGAAUAAUGGGUUUCUCCGAAACCCGCCUAAAUAACCUUAUGGUUUGA